AUGGCCAGGACGAUUAAGAAGCGGUCGAGAAGCGGAAGUAGCGGUACUGCCGCCGCCAGUAAAGUUGCCGCUAAUGCUUCUUCUUCUUUUGCAACACCAGGGAUUCAAGAGCUUCAAGACUUGAUGGAUGCUCAAGAAGGCAAGAUAGCUGCAGUGAAGUCAGCCUACAGUCAACAAAAUACACAAUUUGCGAAAUCCAAUUCAGCUCUGCUGAUGAAAUUGACGGAUUUUGAGAAGAAGAUUAGUGAAUUGGUUCAAGAAAAUGUGAUACUCCGAUCUCGAAUCUCCAUGAAUGAAUAUACCUAUAAGGAAAGGCUCAAUGAACAGAUUUCUAUCUUGGAAGAGGGAAUUUCAAGAAGAUUCGAAGAAAUAUUUCAUAUGUUUGACAGUAUAAGAAGGAAGGAAAAUUUGCCUUCGGCGUCAACAACAUCUGGUAGCCCAAUGGAAUCUAGAUCCAUUUUAAAAAGUAAAAGGUCUCGUCCAUCAUCGGGGAGAACUUCGUCCAUACAUUUCCAAGAUAUUGAUACCAAUGAAAAUAAAAUCUCGGAAGAGAUACAGACCAGGAAAAAGCAUAAAAGCUCUAGAAGAGAAUCUAUAUUCAUGCCAGGAGAUUUCGAUUUUGCAUAUGAAGACCAAGAUCAACCGCAAAUAGAACAAGAACAAGAACAAGAACAAGAACAAGAACAAGAACAAGAACCACCAGCAGCACCAGAGCCGGAACCGGAACCGGAACCACCGCUGACGGAGACUACGGUAGCAGCAACAUCACCACUACCGCUACCAACACAGCAACCCCUAGAUGCAGAAACAAAUGAAAUUCAACUUGGAAUAAAUGAAGAGCAACCUCAAGACGCGCAUGAUGAAUCUCUAAAUUUCACCAACUCCAUAAUUGAUUAUUCGAUACCUGAAGAAGCUGCCACCGUUGGACCUAAUUCAAGUACAGAAGCUGAACCACCAGCAUCUUCAAAACUUGAAAUAUUUAGAGAUGAGCCAGAGCAAGAGACCCAUCAAAAGCAUUCUAUACCUCCCAAACAAGAAGGUAAAAAUCAAAGUAUGACGUUUAUGCCGUUAGAGGCAUCACAAAGCAAAAUUAAACAUUCUAUGAGGCCAUUGAGUACAAAGACAAAGAAAAAGAUGGUAGAUGAAGUUAUGCCUAGCACAAAUGUAGCUUGUGAUUUAGAUUUCCCUCGAACGAGAAGAACUCGUGGCAAGGCCAUUGAUUAUACUUUACCAUCACUGAGGGCAAAGAUGAGACGGCCUUCAGAGAAAUUAGUGGAUGCUACGACUUUCACCAAUAUACAAGACCUACAAGUGACCCAUUUAGAUAGAAGGUCUAGUAAGGGAAGUUCUCGAAAAACAACCAUUUCCCCAGAGCCACUACCAGAUUUAAGAGCUAAGUCAGAAGAAUUACAAGCGCAAGAACCGCCCAAGGAGAGUAUACCAAUUGAGCAACCUAAAGCGGUCACGGAAAAUACUUCAGAAGGAAGACCAAAAAGUGGUGAUGAAAAUAAAAGCCAGGAUCAUUUUUCAUUUUCUUCUACAACAAGUACUUCGAGUGGUUCUUCGGGAAAAGCCCUUAAAGAUAUUACCAAUACUCCUAAAGUGAAACAACCACCAAAGACGAAAAAAUUGUUCAAAAAUGCAAUUAUCAACGAUUUAUGUGAUCAAAUUCCCAAUAAAUCCCAAAAUUCUAGUAAUGACCGUAAUGUAAGCUUUCGUUUACAAGAAGAAGACUUAUCAGUUUUUGAUUUAAUAGGCGCUGAUAAAGUAAAAUAUCCCCAAAAGACCUAUAGAGCCAAAUCAAGACGGAAGGCUUAA